AUGGCUCCGUGUAUGUGUUCAAAAAUCUCUACAGCAGAUAGUCUUGUUUUAGGGGCUCUCCAGAUUAUGAUUGGCAUAUUUCAUGUUUUCAUGUGGUAUUUCCUAUUGAUUUUGUAUAUGGGACAAAUUAGAGGAGUCUUUGGGACAUAUGAACCUAUAACUUACAAAACAGGAUGUGCUUUAUGGGGAAUUAUUUUUAUCAUUGCAGGAGUCUCCAUAAUAAGAGUAGUAAGGCAUCCAACUCAAGGCCUGAUUACAUUUGCUUUGAUCAUGAACAUCUUCUGCAUAAUUGUUGCAGUUAUUGCAUCAAUUCUAACAACAAUUGAGUUGUCUUCUUUUAAUUCCGUGUCAUAUAGGAAUUAUGGACAAGCAAAACUUGGAAGGGAAGUUUCACGGAUUUUACUGAUGUCUUACCCCUUGGAAUUUUCUAUUGCAUUAACAUACUCAAUCUUUGGCUGUAUUGGUUUGAGUCAUCAUCAUAAUGAAGAUACUCUCACAGCUGUUACAGAGGAAGCUGAGAGCACUUUUUAA